GUUAGGAGGGUUAGCGAUGUUCUCCUCGUCCUCCAAACCCUCUCUCUUCUCCUACUGGACGUCCAUGGAUCAGACAGACUCUGAAGUGCUGGACAUUAGCACCAAGGUGCAGCUGCAUGGGGUGCUCUGGAAGAGGCCCUUCGGACGGUCCUCCGCCAAGUGGUCCCGCAGAUUCUUCAUCAUCAAAGACAGUUUCCUGCUCUACUAUGCGGAGAAUGAGAAGAGAAGCUUUGAGACCAACAAACACUUUAACAUCCACCCCAAGGGGGUGAUCCCCUUAGGAGGCUGUGUUGUGGAUCCAAAGGAAGACCAGGGCAUGCCAUUCGCCAUGGUUAUAAAUCAUGACGACUUCACUGGUAACAUUGUCCUGGCUGCAGAGAAUGAGGCAGAACAAAACCAGUGGCUGGACAUGCUGCAGGAGUCUGGCAGAGUCACCUGGAAGAACGCCCAACUGGGAGAAGCCAUGAUAGAGAGCUUGGAAGCCCAGGGACUGCAGCUGGCCAAGGAGAAGCAAGAGUACCUGGAUAAGCUGAUGGAGGAGACAGAAGAACUGAGCCUACAGCGAGAACAGAAGGAGCAUCUGGAACGUCUGAACCUGGUUCUGGAGGAGGAGAAGCAGAAGUUUGAGGAGCUGGUGACGGAGCUUAGAGCAGAGCAGGAUCAGAUCAAACUGGACUUGGACGGCACAGCACAGUCUCUGAAAGGUGUGGAGUCUGAAAAAGAGGCGCUGAACAGUUUAACAACACUUCUUCAGAAAUCUAUUGAGGAGCUGUCCCAUGAGAAGCAGCGAACCCUGGAGUUGUUGAGGGAGAAGGAGCUUGAGCAGGGGGCUGAGCAUCCAGAGAAGGACGAGGAGCAGGAGGUGCAGCCUGGUGACACGGGACUGCGAUCGGAGCUGAGACACAUUGAAGAGCAGAUGAGGGAACUGCAGAGAGAGAAGGAGCAGGCUGAGGAGAGGCAAACGGAGAAUGAGCAGCGUGCCACAGUUCUGCAACAGGAAAGAGAGUUCUACUCCUGUCAGUCCAGGACUCUACAGCAGUCCCUCACACAGCUCACUGUGGACAAGAAGCAAACUGAGGUGGAACUCAAGGUGGAGAUUGAGUCUCGUAUGGAGCUGGAGCGGAGGCUGAAGCAGGCUGAGGAGGCUCUACGGAACCUGGAGAAAGGUCUGAGCUCUCUGGAACGCUCCAAAGAGAAGGAUGACAAGAUGAAGGGAGACGUCAACAACCUCAGGAAGUUCUUUGAGGAGUGUAUCUGUGCUGCAGAGAUCGAGGCCAAGCUCCCUUCUAUAAUGAAGAAUGCUGUGUAUCUCCACAAGGCUACAGCACGACGCAUUAAGAGCUGUCGGAUCCAGAGACGCGCCUCCAAACACCACUGGUUGAAACACUCCCAGUCAUUUGUGGUUGCCCGUGGCGACGGCGCCAGCAUGGAGGACCUGAGGGAGACUGCCCGGCGACUGACCUCCGACAGCUGCUUCAGGAAGAGCGUCUACAAGAUCAUCACACGCCACGACCAGGAGGCCUCCGCCAAGAAAGAUGACUGACAGAGAUAGGGAGGGAUGGAUUGCGGGAGGGAUUGUGUGUGUGUGUGUGUGAGAGAGAGAGAGACUGAUUCCUCAGUGUAAUAGUGUCAAGUCCUGUCGUCUGCUCCCACGGUGUUGUAGCUGGGUCAGGAUUAUCUUUAGGAUGUCAUCUCUUCAAUAUGAUGUCAUCUCUUCAACAUGAUGUCAUCUCUUCAACAUGAUGUCAUCUCUUCAACAUGAUGUCAUCUCUUCAACAUGAUGUCAUCUCUUCAACAUGAUGUCAUCUCUUCAACAUGAUGUCAUCUCUUCAACAUGAUGUCAUCUCUUCAACAUGAUGUCAUCUCUUCAACAGCCUGGUUGUGUUCAAACUGCAUUACAAGACUUUUAUGCAAAAUAUUUUUAUUCAAACAAAAUUAAUGUUUAUUGUUAAAGAUGUAGCAGCUCUCUUUACUGUCCUACAGCUUGGAGGACGGUCGGAAAAAUAAUGCAUAUAGUUAUUGAACCAACACGAUAUGACAAUGUGAUGGUUUACAGUACAGCACAGGCAGAAGCCUUAAACCUGACCCUGGGUAACACCAAAGAUGUACCCUUUAAAAUAGGAAUUCAAUUGUAAAUCAACCAUAUGGUCGACACACACACUGCAAGUCGACACACACACACACGCACACACUGCAGGUCGACAGACACACACUGCAAGUCAACACACACACACACACUGCAGGUC